AUGGUGUGCAGCUUUUUCGCUCAAGAUGAAGUAGGAAUUGUUGGAUUAUAUGGAAAACGCGGAAUUGGAAAAACAACACUAAUGAAGAAAAUCAACAAUGGUCUCCUCGAAACAAGACACGACUUUCAUAUGGUGAUUUGGGUUUCAGUGUCCAAGCAAGCAAGCGUGAGAGCUGCUCAAGAGGUGAUUGGAAACAAAUUACAGAUCAUUGAUAGCAUGUGGCAAAAUAGAAGUCAGGAUGAAAAGGCUAUAGAAAUCUUCAAAAUCAUGAAAACAAAAAGGUUUUUGCUGUUUUUAGACGAUGUACAGGUACCACUUGAUCUCUCAGAUAUAGGAUUUCCUCUUCCUGAUGCUCAAAACAAGUCCAAAGUAAUAAUCGCUACUCGAUCAAUGAGAACAUGCAGUGAGAUGAACGCUAAAAGGUGGUUGGCAGUAAAGCCUUUGGCAUGGGUUGAAGCCUGGACUUUGUUCACCAAACUCGUCGGAGAGGACACUCUAAAUUCUAGUCCCAGGAUACAACAGCUUGCCCACAGCACUUUGGAGAGAUGCCAAGGUUUGCCAUCUGCCAUCAUAAUGGCUGGACGAAAAUUGGGUGGCUGCAAGAUUGUCAGGGAAUGGGAACAGUUAACACUAGUGCUGGAGAACCUCAUAAAAGAAGUAAUUUCAGGAAUGAUGAGCUGA